ACCGGUGAGUCCGGAGACGAGAUAGCUAGGGAACCGAGGCAUCUAGAAUUUGCGUUUUUACAAGUGGGAAGACUUGAUUGAGAAGACUGGAUUUUGAGGGAUUUUCUGAUCGAUUGUAUUGUUUGAGUGGUCGGAGUCGGACAACAUGGCAAGUUCGCCGGAUUCGUCGGACGUGACGGUGGGGAGGUACCAGGCGCGGAAGACGACCGAGAGGUCUAACUUCUUGCAGACGUGUAGUCUUCUGAGCCAGUACAUCAAGGAGAAAGGCGGCCUUGCUGAUCUCGGCCUUGGAAUUAGUUCCUCUCUUGAUGGCAAAGGAAAACCCAAUAUGUUUAAUCAGAAGGCAUCGAUGACGACAACCAUGAAUUUGUUUCCUCAACUUGCCGGUUUUGGGAAUUCUUCUUCUGAAGACCAACCUAAGACACCCGAUUUCAGACCGGCGGCAAAGGAGAACGAGAAAGCCCAGAUGACGAUAUUUUAUGCCGGAAAAGUGCUUGUGUUCGAUGAUUUUCCGGCAGAGAAAGCAAAGGAGGUCAUGCUUUUUGCAAGUAAGGCAAGCUCCCUCGAUUCCAGCAGCUUGGCCUCUACUUCCGGCGGCGACCAACCGAACUCCGGAGGCUUUGCCUCUUCCUGUUCAAAUGUCGUUCCGAUCUCGGCCAAGAAUCCUAACCAAGACCGAGUACAGUUGCCCCCUCAACCGAAUGGCUCAGAUCUGCCGAUUGCAAGGAGAGCUUCCCUCCACCGUUUCUUGGAGAAGAGAAAAGACAGGAUUAACACGAAAGCACCCUACCAAGUGAGUAGUAACCCGGGUGAGCGGAAAUCUGAAACUGAAAGUAAUUCCGGCAGCUCCAAACCAAGUGAAAGCAAGACAUGGCUCGGCCUGGCUCCACAAUCUCCACAGCAAUUUAACUUCCAACUAUAGACAUUUAACUAUUUUAURUAGGUACUUCACUGUCUUAUCCUGGCUGGGUAGUGGCUAGUGGGUAUCCCCGUCUCUGAUAUUAUUUUCCCUUGUCAACUCCACUCCAGUUUUGUAAUACAUGCAUGUAAUAUGUAUAAUAUAUAUAUAUAUAUAUAUAUAUAUGUCAUUAUUGAUGUUUUUGAAUUACGUUCAGUCCCACUCCCCGACCAUUCUUCUACAUCUCUUUCGUGUACUUCAUAAUGAUUAUAUGAAAAUCCGUUUCACUUGUAA